UUUACAAUGCUGUGAGAGAUGUGUGGUCGUUUCCUGUCAGACGGUCAAAGGCUUCAGUGACACGGAAAGCGCCUCGGCUAGACUGCAACUUUCAACUUGACCUUGGCCUCCAGCCGUGCCAAAACUCUUAUGAAGUCUGGCUCUGCCAAAUUAUGGGCAGAAUACCGCAAAUUCUCAAAAUGCACAGUUCACUAGCGGCUGCUCAGACGACGUGAGCAAGAACAUGGAGGGUUUCGCAGGAGGCAAUUUCUCCGCCAACCAGUGCCGGAAUCUCGUGGCCCACCCGACUUCACUUGCUCCUGGUGCGCCCUUUGGAUCGAGUGAAGUACCCGUGUCUGGCGUGACGGAACCUGUCAAGCAGUGCAGCCCGUGUUCGGCAGCGCAGAACUCCCCCGGUGCUGCUUCUUUGCCCUAUGGAUAUUUCGGUAGUGGCUAUUAUCCGUGCCGAGUGUCACAUCACGGCGCAGUGAAGUCUUGCGCGCAGCCUGCCGCUUACGCAGACAAGUACAUGGAGACGUCUGUAUCCGGAGAGGAGUUCUCGUCUCGAGCUAAGGAGUUCACUUUCUAUCAAGGCUACUCGUCUGGACCUUACCAACCCGUGCCCAGUUAUCUGGACGUGCCAGUCGUCCCAGCUUUAAGCUCAGGUCCGGAACCGAGACACGAGUCAAUUUUGCCCGUGGAAACUUAUCACCAGCCAUGGGCUAUCACGAACAGCUGGAACAGCCCUGUGUACUGCCCGAAGGAGCAGACCCAGUCCAGCCACCUCUGGAAAUCUUCUCUUCAAGACAAUGUGUCAGGAAGUGAUGGCGCUUCCAUUCGCCGCGGGAGGAAGAAGCGCGUCCCCUAUACCAAAGUCCAGCUCAAGGAAUUGGAGCGCGAAUAUGCGGCAAAUAAGUUCAUCACGAAGGAUAAACGGAGGCGGAUAUCUGCUCACACAAACCUGACAGAGCGCCAGGUCACCAUCUGGUUUCAAAACAGAAGGGUAAAGGAGAAGAAGGUGGUCAACAAAUUCAAGAGCAUCACUUAAAGGGCUACAGAAUGGGAGAUGGACACAGACAGAAGGAACCACUUCGUUAUUUAUUGUGUUUCUCUGGGAGCGACUAUGCUGAGAUGUGUAGCCUAUUGCUUCCAUGCAAGAAACAUACCAACAAAAACACUUAAUUGCUUAAUUUUGAAGGCCAUAUAUGUUACAGGGUGAUCGUGAUAAGGGGCAGAUAAACUGUCAAAAAUGUCUACGCCUAAAAACAAUUGCUUCGUUUUCGUGGCAGUGCUACCCCCCAACAGAAACCCUGUUUCGUACCGAAAAACGAAACCAUUGUGUUUAUUGUAAUUGCGCGGGAGAUACAUUCUCUGUCUAGGUUUAGUAACAGGAAGCCACAGUUAACUUCGUGUUGCAUUAACACGAUGUUAAGGCUCUAGACAAGAAAUCAUCUACUCCAGUUCAGGAGAUCCGGUUUCCAACUCAAUCUGGUGAUCUUCAGGCUCAAAGACACCUGAUUCGGCCAGCAUCCACUACUGGAAACGAUGACCCCAAACAACAGACCGCCAUUACAUUACUAGAUUAUGUAAAUAAAUAAGCAUCCUUUUAGAUAUGACUACAUGGUAUGUUAAAGAUUUUAGGUAGAAAAUAUAAUUAUUCACAGUUUGUUUAAUGUGUGUGCCCCACUAGGUUUCUACUCCAGGUGGUUUAUGUGGCAAGAUCCAAUUUGUUACUGCAAACAAUAUUCCAAUAAAACUCCCAAUUGUAAUUUUCCAUCCGAGAAAGAAUCGCUGUGCUUAGUUUGUUUGAGCAUAGUAAAAUCGUGUAAAAUUAUUCUCGCUAUAUACUUAUAUUAGAAUAAAUAAAAAAUAAAAUAAAAAAUAAAA